UUCCUGUUUGAAGGUCAUAUGACCAAAUUGAAGUCGUAUGAUCAACCGUCUCUGGUACGAUGUGAUGCGAUUUGUAACCAAACCUCUGUCUGCAUUAACAGAACACCGGGACAUCGUGUUCAGGAAACACUUCUGUACGGUAUGUAUGAAAAUUAUGUCCGCUAACUAGUUUGUGCUUUCAUUUAUUUUGUAGGUGACCCCACACAGCAUGCACCUACCAGCCCCUGCUUACAGCCCCACCUGCAGCUGAGCCUCUCCUCUGCCUGAGCUCCAGUGACCUCCCUCAAACACCAUGGAUCCUGGCCAGCAGACCAGCUCUCUUCCCCAGCCUAGUGCAGAGUACUAUUCAUGGGACUACCGCCUUCAUCUUAUUUGCCUGGGCUUUGCCUUCUAUGCAGGAAUAUUCCUCCUCUCCCACCUCCUGUCUGUGGCAUUGUCCCGCACCUACAACUCCCUGAUAGCUAAAGAGAAGGUUUUCUGGAACCUCGCAGCAACUCGGGCAGUGUUUGGCAUCCAGAGUACUAUAGUAGGUCUCCGAGCCCUGACUGAGGACUCGGCUUUAACCAGAGACAAAGUGAGGGGACAAGAAGACUGGUCGUGGUUCAAUGUCCUCACAGCCACAGGUUUCUUUGUGUUUGAAAAUGUAGCACUUCACACCUCCAGUGUGGUAUUUUGGUCAUUUGACCUCCCACUGGCGACACACCAUUUCUUCGCCCUGUCAGGAUAUGUAGGAGCAUUGGUGUGGGAUUCCAUGGGCCACUUCCUGCCAAUGGUUACACUGCUGCUGGAGAUGAGCACGCCAUUCACCUGUAUGUCCUGGAUGUUGCUGAAGGCUGGCUGGGCCCGCACCCUGUUUUGGAGAGCCAACCAGUGGGUGAUGAUCCACACAUUUCACUGUCGCAUGGUGCUCACUUACUACAUGUGGUGGGUAACCCUUACCCACUGGGAAGAGCUCAGCACCCAUGUGGUCCUUUUCCCACGCUUGGUCUUCUUCACUGGCCUCGCUCUACUAACGUUUGUCCUCAACCCCAUCUGGACGCACAAGAAGACCAUGCAGCUGCUUAAUCCUGUGGACUGGAACUUUGGAAACAAGCCGGCACCCCUAAACUGUGCCGCAGAGGGUCAUUCCGAGGUUUCAGUCAAACCGCACGCCAGCUGAGGGGUACCACAAUAGACACUUUCUAUCAAAGGAGGCCAUAUUUCUUUUACUUUUUUAAUGGAUCAUGUGUGAAAUGACUUUUAGAAGCAUGAUAGUAAGGUAGUAAGAUUUUUCUAUUAUGCAACUUUGUUUACACAUUAAGACCCUGAACUUUGCUAUUCAAAAAAGCCCAACAACAGGUAAAUCCUGACUGUACAAUAUUGAUCAAGUUUGCUACAUUGUCUAACCUUUAGACUUUACUUUCAGGCUGUUUUUAUGUUGUUGUUUUUUCCAGAGGUCAGAAUAUGAAUUUUCCAUCAAGGUAUCUUAGUUGUUGUGGUUGUGUAGAGCAGUGAAAUGAGGGCCUGCUUGUUUAUAUCACCUGCAGGACACUGUGCUGUGAAAUACCCAGUUUUAUUAUACAACAGUAUCAUGAGCAUCCCAUAACGCUUGAGAAGAUAUUGCACUAUAGGUGUUUGUCUACACACAGAUCAAGUCCAGUUGAUCUAUUAGGUAAAAGAAGCCUAGCUUACUGUGUGGGGACACAAUAUGAGGCAGACAGGAGAGGUUGUGCUCUUUCUCAGUAGUCAUCAAACGACCUAGUAGAUAAGUCACAUCAAGGAUUUGGUCUUUGUCAUACACAGCCCUAUCAAUGCUUUUACAACAGACAUAGUCGUUCACCACUGCAUGGGCAUCGCAAGCAAGACAAUUGGUUUAAAGAAGCUUAAAUAUGUUACCAUAGGUUAGUCAUUGGAGCUGUUACAUAGUAAGUGGACAAUUGGUUCACUUCAUUCAUGAGUCACAUUGGUGUUUUUGGACUGUGAAUCCUCUCUCAGUAGACAGGGAAGUAUUUAUCAUGGUCAUGAAAGAAAAGGUUUUUAACACAAUCGUCUUUAUUUGUGGAAGAACAUGCAGGACUGGUCCACUCCACAAAGGCUCUAUUGUCCAAAAUGGAGAUGUAAUGUGGCAAAACUGAAGCCGUGUUGAUACAGAUUAACCAAGCAACAGGUUGAUCAUGAUGAUUUUUUUUUUUUGCAUUAUUAGUAUAAUAAAGUUUUAUAACUAUGCAACCUCAGAAUUUCACUAACAUUUUAGUUUAGUGUUUUUCACACAAUGGCCUCAUUGUACAGGAAGCCUUGGGCUUGUGUAUUGG